GGAGCCCUGUGGCGUCUGAACCCGCCCCGGGGGUGCCAAGGUGCGUCUCCAAUCUGACGCGACCGCCUGGGGCGGAGUCAGCGGGACGUGCCACCUGCAGUGCUGGCUAGGGCUUUUUAUUUACUAGGGAGCAGUUUCCCCGCGCGACAGUUCGGGAGCGCGCAGGCACUCGCGCGCACACACAUGCACGCAGGCACACACACACACACUUUCGCACACACAAACACGCUAGGACGCUCGUCUUCGCUACUGCAUCCCCGAACCAGCAGAGCGAAGCUACUGCGGGUUCUCUUAACCUCAGCAUCGUGGGGCGAAGCAGAGCCAUUGUGCAUCAAGGAGAGGCCGGUGCCUGCGCUGCCGUCUCUGGCACCUAAUCCAGCAGACCGCUCACCCCAUCGGCUGGAAUGCUUGCUGAUUCCUCUGCACACUUCUAAGGCUGAGAACCUGAGGAACCCAGCUGGAAAAUGCCAUCUGAACGCUGCCUCAGUAUUCAAGAAAUGCUGACAGGCCAGAGGCUCUGCCACUCCGAAUCUCACAAUGACAGUGUCCUGGCAGCGCUGAAUCAGCAGAGGAGUGAUGGUAUCCUCUGCGACAUCACCCUGAUUGCUGAGGAACAGAAAUUCCAUGCGCACAAGGCAGUCCUAGCAGCAUGCAGUGACUAUUUCCGGGCAAUGUUCAGUCUUUGUAUGGUGGAAAGUGGAGCUGAUGAGGUUAAUUUGCACGGUGUGACCAGCCUUGGCCUAAAGCAGGCUCUGGAGUUUGCAUACACAGGACAGAUUUUGCUGGAGCCAGGUGUGAUCCAGGAUGUGCUAGCAGCGGGCAGUCACCUACAGCUGUUGGAGCUUCUCAAUUUAUGCUCCCACUAUCUCAUCCAGGAAUUAAAUAGCUUUAAUUACUUGGAUCUGUACAGACUUGCUGACCUCUUUAACCUCACUUUGUUGGAGAAGGCAGUGAUCGAUUUCUUAGUGAAACAUCUCUCUGAACUCCUGAAGAGCCGCCCAGAAGAUGUUCUAACGCUUCCCUAUUGCCUGCUUCAGGAGGUGCUGAAGAGCGACCGCCUGACCUCCCUGAGUGAAGAACAGAUCUGGCAGCUAGCUGUGAGGUGGUUGGAGCACAACUGCCACUACCAGUACAUGGAUGAGCUCCUGCAAUACAUCCGCUUUGGUCUAAUGGAUGUGGAUACUCUCCAUACAGUUGCCCUGUCCCACCCCCUUGUCCAAGCAAGUGAGACUGCAACAGCCCUUGUCAACGAGGCCCUGGAAUACCACCAGAGCAUCUAUGCACAGCCCGUCUGGCAGACUCGCAGGACCAAACCACGGUUCCAGUCAGACACUCUGUAUAUCAUUGGUGGGAAAAAGCGCGAGGUCUGCAAGGUCAAGGAACUUCGGUACUUCAAUCCCGUUGAUCAGGAGAAUGCUCUCAUAGCCGCCAUUGCCAACUGGAGUGAGCUGGCUCCCAUGCCUGUGGGAAGGAGCCACCAUUGUGUGGCAGUCAUGGGGGACUUCCUGUUUGUGGCAGGAGGGGAAGUUGAGCAUGCCAGUGGCCGGACGUGUGCCGUGAGGACUGCCUGUCGCUAUGACCCCCGCAGUAAUUCCUGGGCAGAGAUAGCACCCAUGAAAAACUGCCGGGAGCAUUUUGUGCUGGGUGCCAUGGAGGAAUACCUCUAUGCAGUUGGGGGCAGAAAUGAACUGCGCCAGGUUCUGCCUACAGUUGAGCGAUAUUGCCCCAAGAAGAACAAAUGGACUUUUGUUCAGUCCUUUGACAGAUCCCUUUCAUGCCAUGCUGGAUAUGUGGCUGAUGGUCUUCUUUGGAUAUCAGGUGGAGUAACUAAUACGGCACAAUAUCAGAACAGGCUAAUGGUGUAUGAACCUAACCAGAAUAAAUGGAUAAGCCGCAGCCCCAUGCUGCAGAGAAGGGUCUACCAUUCCAUGGCUGCUGUACAAAGGAAGCUUUAUGUUCUUGGAGGCAAUGACCUAGACUACAAUAAUGACCGGAUCCUUGUGCGCCAUAUAGAUUCUUACAACAUAGACACUGACCAGUGGACACGUUGCAAUUUCAACCUGUUGACUGGCCAAAAUGAAUCUGGAGUUGCUGUCCAUAAUGGGAGAAUAUAUUUAGUUGGUGGAUAUUCAAUUUGGACAAAUGAGCCUCUGGCUUGUAUCCAGGUACUGGAUGUAAGCAGAGAAGGCAAAGAAGAAGUAUUCUAUGGGCCUACACUCCCUUUUGCUUCCAAUGGAAUAGCAGCAUGCUUCCUUCCAGCUCCAUAUUUUACAUGCCCUAACCUUCAAACUCUUCAAGUGCCUCAUCACAGGAUUGGCACCAUCUGAAAAGCCAGUGCCAUCAUGAACAGGAGGAAAACAUAGCCCUGACUGUUGGAUACUGGGCAUGAAAAGACUCAGUGCUCAACGCUUCCUUGUCUUGCUUUAUAGGUCUUAUAUUCAGAUAAAUUUAAGCAAAAAAUGAACAAUUUUCUAAAAUACACCCUUCUCAGUGUAUGUCAACAUGUAAUAUGUAUGACUUUUAUUGUGGUAUGGCUUAGUGCCAAUUUAAGGUACAUUGUGUUCCAUGGGUCUUUAGAGCAUUCUUUGUACACUUUUUCUAAUCAGCACUGUCUUAAGACAACAUAACACUGUUAGUAAGGCAAUUUAUUGGACACAAUGGCAUUGAUGAUCUUAAAAAUAUAUAUAUAUUCUGUACUUAAUCCCUUUAUUAUUUAAAGCUGGGCUUGUAAUUUUUCUUUUUAAAAUUUAACAUUAUGCAGCCCUGCUCAGUAGAGACUCAGCAUUAUGACAUCAUAAAUUUUUAAAUGCCAUAUUUUAUUCAAGGUGAUACGAAUAAUAGACAUACACUGGAACAGCAGUUGAAAUACCCAGAUUUUUCACCUUGGUUACUCUGACCUUGGGUCAGAACCUAACUUUACAGUGCUUCAGUUUUCCCACCUUUUAAGGAGGAUAAUUACUGAUUUCCAUGUUAAUUUAAAAGAACAUUAUGAAGAUUAGGCGAACACUUUGAAAUACUUUGCCCAAGAAAAAGAAAAAUGUUACUGAAGUUAUAAGGUAUUUUACUGUCUUUAGAACCUUGUAAUUGAACAGGGAGAUUAUUUUUGAAGUUUAAAAAUUACUAGAUAGAAUUUAGAAACAUGUUAUGGAAUAAAUGAUUCUAAAAAGCAUGUGAAAGAGACACACAAUUAGGAAAUAGGGAGUUUAUCAAAAUCUAAACUUGUACAGAUAUCCAAACUUGCCUCAAGUAACUCUCAGAUGUCUCAUUUAAAAUCAUUUAGUGAAAAAUGACAUUUAAAGCUAAAAAAUAAUUUUUAGUUGUACUAAUUAUGGUACCAUAAAGUGCUUUGACAUAAAUUUGAACCUAGAAUUGGCAGUUCUAAUAAAAGUUUUUCCACUUUGUUAAAGGUUAUGUCAAUCUUGAGUGCUUGUGGAAUUCUUCACCACCAAUACAUAUUUUAUUACUAUCAAUCACUUUUAAUAAUGCAUAGGAAUUCUUUUUUAGACUAGUUUUUGGGUUUGCUUUGUCUAUAACAAAAAAUAAAUACAACAACUUAAUAACCACAUUUGAAAACAAAUUUAAUAAGUAUAAUGUGAGUUUUUCUUUUUUCCUAACUUCCUCAGGACCUAGGUCACCUUUAUUAAAAGGAAGAAUUCACUCUUUUUCCCUUGGCAAUUUAAUCAUUCAGCAAUCCCUCUCUUAAAGGAAAUUGUUAUUUUAUUCAUGUAACCAUUUUUUUGUAAUCAAAAAAGUGAGUAAAAACGAUCUUUUUGUCUUACAUACAGAAUUCACUAACUUCAUAAUCGUUAUACAUAAAACAUUGAAAAAAUAUAUGGCUUCUGGUUAUUCAGAUUUAAAGGGCAGGAAAGGGGAUUAUGGAGAAGGAAAACAGGUAAAUUUUAAAAAGAAUAGGAAUUUAGUAUAGACAAACCUUAAGAGUAUUUGGACAGUUCUGAACAGUGAAAAAUUGAUAUUGACAAUUGAUAUUUAGAAUGAAGACAGCUUCUUUAAAUGGUUUAAGCCAUCUAAACUAAAUUUUAAAAAUGCCUUACCAAGGCAGGAGAAUGAACUCCAGUAUUUCAGAAAACUUUUCUACAAGGACUUAAGUAUUCAGCUAUAUUAAUUUUUCUACUUGGGACAUGAAUUUUCUCUCUAGCAGUUUUACCUAGUAAAACUAUUAAAAUCUAUUUGUAUUCCCAGGCCCUGCAUCCAAUCAAUGAAAGGGAAAAGCUCUAAAAAUAAGCUUACCCAACUAAUAAUGGAAAGGUAGCCUGAAACUACCCUUAUUUCUGUAUAUAUUUCUAACAAUUCAUAUAAAACAAAUCAGCAUAUAUUAAACCCCUCCUAAGUGAUCCUUAUAAUGUAAUAUUCAUUAAUAUUAUGGAACUGAACUCAGAAUUUUAAAAAGUUUUACCAGGUUCGGACACAUCCUUUACAGCUAUAGCCAAGAGCAGUAUAAAAACAUAACGUCUCUUCCCUAAAAGGGAAAAAACCUAGAUAACUUAUAAUUAGAUCCUUUUAUUCAAGGUUAUCAAUAAUAGAAAUAAGAAUUCUAUUAAACUAUGGUCAUAUGAGCCAAAUUUCACUGAAACUAUUCAAAUAUACAUUUUCGAUUUAAGUGAACUACACUAUAGUAAUUCAUCUUCCAUUUCCAUUUUUACUCUUCAAAAUUAAAGGCUAUAUUGUAUUUGUAAUGUAAAUAUUAUACUAAUGUGAAUUUCUAUAGGAAGGUCAUCAGACUUGCAAACAUUUAAAUAUCACUUCAAUAUUUUACUUUAAAAGAGAAAACAAAACACAGUACCAAACAGAUGAUAACAGAUAUUCUUGGUGUUAAAGGAAAAGCCAGCAAAGAUGUGAAUUUCUAAAAUAAUCUGUACAAUGCAAUAACACUUCUUAGAUCCUUAAUAACAAAAUAGCAAUUAGAUAAUGAUUAGGGUACUUUUCACACUUUUUCCUUCAUAUUUUCUUCACACUUUAACCACAUGUACAUCAAACUCUUUCAGCUACCACAGCAUCUGAAAACCUAACUUUCCACAGUUUUACCACAAAGUAUAAAAACAUCAGUAAUAAGAUAGAAAUUAUUCCUUCUGAUAACAUGGCUCAUUUUUACUUUAGCUUCCAAAUAGUGAAUCUGUUAUAAAAAGGAAGUUUUCAACAAUCAAGGGCACAAUGUAAGUUAAAGAUAUACUUUUAUUAUUAUAUAUAAUUUUUAUCAUAUGCACAAAUAACUCAUAAAUAUGUAUAUAAAACUAAAAUGUCCACAAUUUUUCUAAAAGCACAAUUCACAAAUGCAAUGAAUUGGAUAGCCAUUGGCACAUCAAAAAUUUUAAUAAGUAUAAACUGGUCAAUUCCAACCAUUUGGUAAUUUACAAUGCAGGUUAUCACAGUAUCAAAAUAUACAUAUCUUAUUAAAUUUAUGAAGAAUAUGCUAUGUUGCUAGCUUCCCAAACCAACUGUUUCUAACCAAAUAAAGCAUAUUAUUUAUAUUGGCAUACUAUACUCUUGCCUGACAAGGCAAUAUUUUUAACUCUAAGAGGGGUAGGUAAAAGAUCAGUUUUUUGGAAAAUAAAAGAUUUAUAUAAAAAGUCUGGAUAAAAAAGCAGUGGUUUAGUACAGAUGAUUCAACUUUUGGUGAGGUUUCUGUAUCUAUUUACCUUUUAGACAUGGGGAGACAUGAGUGCUAUGAUAACAUACGGUUUGGGGAAGGCAGAUUUCUAAAGGCUUUUCCUAACUGUAGAAGCUUGUCAAAUUUUUAUAUAACAUAUAAUUUUUAACUGUCAAAGAUUCUGUGAAAGUACACGGAAACAGGUCCGUGUAAUUAUUUAAGAACAAGGUAGUUUAAAAAAUGUGUUGUAAAGCAUGGAAGAAAAUAAUAAUAGGUAAUGAAAACCCACAAACAUCUGACUCACAAAUAUUUUCUUAUACAGAUGCUGAGGUAGAAAAAGUCAAAUAUGCUUAAGAAGAAAACAUACGAAGGAUAGGUAAAGAUAUACAAGUUUUAAACUAUGAAAUUCCUCUAAUGCAAAUGAACUCAAUACUGAAUGACUUUUCCACAGUCCUCCAUGCUUCCUUCCUCGCCAUGGAAACGUUCUAAUUAAAUUGAAAUUUAAAUCAUAACCAAAUCCAAAUGCCUAAUAAAGUCUUUUCAUUACUCUGUUGUCCUUCAAUUGUCUUUUAUACUCUAUC